UUGACUCUUGUUUGAGAUAGGACUCAUUGUUAGUGUUGUGAGAAAUUGACUCUUCUGGUGUUCAACUUAACACAUACAAUGUCUUUCAUGUCUUGUUGUGUUCCUGGCUGUACGAUCACUACAGAAGACGGUGUGCUGCAUAAAUUUCCAAACCCAAAUAUUGAAAGAGAACGCUUCAAGAGAUGGGUUCAAGCUGUUGGAGAUACCGUCAAAGAGUUUGAUGAAAUCUUCAUUUAUAACAACCGAAGAGUAUGCCGAAGACAUUUUGCUCCGGUCUUCCACUACCCUAAGAACAGAUUAAGUAAAUUAGCAAUACCCACAUUGUUCAUUGAAGGUGGGCACUUGAAUAAAGAAGCACCUGUUCAAAUGUUAAGAGAUGAGCAUUCAACAACUUCAGCUCUAUUAGACAUAACUAACAUCAGCCUAUCAGGUUCUAGAAUGAAGAUUAAUAUUAUUGAUGAGAAACCAUCCACUUCAAGGUCAUCCAAAGAAAACAUGGAAAUUGUCCCUUCAGAACCAACAAUGCCUUUGGAUAAUCCUAAGAAAAUCCUGAAAAAGCAAGGUUCUGGAAUGAAGAUUAAUAUUACUGAUGAGAAACCAUCCACUUCAAGGUCAUCCAAAGAAAACAUGGAAAUUGACCCCCCAGAACCAACAAUGCCUUUGGAUAAUCCUAACAAAAUCCUGAAAAAGCAAGAAAACGAACAUUUGUUAUCUUUAAAGAUACGUGCCAGAAAGGAAAUGGAUUUAAGAAAAACAGUACUCCAAUUAAAAUCAAAUUUAAGAAAAGCCAAAGUACAAAAACUUGUCUUCAAAGAGAGGCUGUCAAUAGCAACAAAAACAGUCAAUACAAAGGCAUUUGAGGUCCUUACCCGAAAUAUGUCCAAAGCCACCAAAACUUUUUUAAAUAUGCAGGUUACCCAACUCGGUAAAAAACUAAAGGGAAGACGUUUCACUUUUGAUCAAAAAGUUUUGGCUCUGUCUUUGUUUAAAGCCAGUCCAAAGGCAUAUAGAUAUUUAAGUGAGCUCUUCAUUUUACCCAAAAGAAAAACCAUACAAGGUGUGCUUCAAAAUUUAACACUGCAACCUGGAAUAAAUCCAGUUAUGAUGAAGCAGUUGAAAAAAAGGGUGCUAAAGAUGCCGAAAAGACACAAAUUCUGCACUAUAAUUUUUGAUGAGAUGGCAAUUGCUCCCAGCUUGAAAUACGAUGUGAAAAACGACGAAAUUAUUGGUUUUGUGAAUGAUGGACACAAAAAAACUGCUGAAUUUGCAGACCAUGUUUUAGUUUUUAUGGUGAGAGGAGUGGUAAAAAAAUAUAAACAGCCAAUAGCUUAUAGCUUCUGUGCCGGGUCCACAAAAACGUCGGAUUUAAAAAGAUUGAUCAAAACUGUGGUUCAAGCUGUGGAGGAAACAACCCUGCAAGUUGUGGCAACUAUAUGUGACCAAGGCGCUACAAAUGUGGCUGCAAUAAACGCCUUAUUAAGGGAAACUAAAGAAAAAUAUCUUAAGAGGAAUGAAGAAUGGCGAGGGGGGUUUUUUGAAAUAAAUAACACAAGCAUUAUUCCACUGUAUGACCCCCCACAUUUGCUGAAAGGUGUAAGGAAUAAUUUACUUACAAAAAAACUACACUACAAAUAUGAGGGCAAGCAGUGUGUGGCGAAAUGGGACGACAUAGUAAAUUUGUACCAACGUGCUUCAGGCUUCAUGGGAGUGACUACAGUUCCCAAAUUAACCUUACUACAUGUGAUACCAAGCAUGAUACCCAAGAUGAGAGUAAAACACUGCACUCAAGUUUUUAGCAGUACUGUCGCUGUUGCGAUGGGAUUGAGGGCAGAAGAAGGUAAACUGGAACCCACGGCGAAAGAAACUGCCACAAUUCUUAUGAUUUUCGACAGAUUAUUUGACUCUGUCAAUGGAAGCUUUAAUGAAAUAAAUAACGGGAAGAUAUACAGAGCAGCUGUAACGCCAAGAUCGCCACAUCAUAAGUUAUGGAAUGAUAGCCUACCAAUUCUUAAAUCCAUGAAAUUUUUCAAAAAUGAUGGAAAAUCGGCAAUAGUUCCCUCCCUCUCCAGUUGGGUAAAAACAAUAGAAGGUUUUCAGAAAAUUGUUAAAACAAUGAGCACUAAGGGUGUGAAUUCACUACUAUUAAGAAAUUUCAAUCAAGACCCCUUAGAAAACUUUUUUGGGGCCAUUCGAGCACACGGAGCUAGCAAUAUUAUGCCAACCGCUGUAGGCUUUCAAGCAGCAUAUAAAACUCUAAUAGUAAAUAAUCUGACGUCGGCUCACUCAGUUGGUUCCAAUUGCGAAAAAGACGAAAAUACAUGUCUAAAUUCAUUAAAAAAUUUGUUUAAAAAAAACCACACUGAGGAGCCGCGACAUGAAAAUAUAGAAAUUGCUGAGGAGCAUUUAUUUAUGCAACUGAAGGACAUAAACAAAAUAAUCGUCAGUAAAUCCCCAGUGGAUCGGGAGAAAUGUGCAGCAAUUGGCUAUUGCAGCGGCUGGCUGAUAAAAAUGGCGAAAAAGAAUAUAUGUAAAUCGUGUGCAAAUUGUAAACACAACUUGGAGAGUGACGAAACAGAGGAUUUUCACAAAUUUAUUAAAGCCAAGGAAUAUGAAAAUAAGCGUUGGUUGUGCUAUCCCAAACGGGAAUUAUUUGAAAAUUUUGCCCACAUCGAAUUCAUAACUUAUGAAAUAUUAAAAAAAAGUAAGAAAAAUACAAGAAUAUUAGAAUAUAUAAAAACAAUUGUUAGUAUUCAUAUACAGUGGGACUUUAUAUCAUGCCAAACCCACAAAGAAAAACUUAUAGAAUAUUUAUUAAAUAAAAAUGUUUUAUUUUGUAUAAAUAACUGGUGCAAAGAGGUAAAUGAAAUAUUGUGUGGAAAGGCACCAUUAUGUGAUCCAACAGAUCUUAUAAAAGUUCAGGCCUGGAACCAUCAUCAAAAAUAUAAAUUGAGGAAGAGAAUGAGGCAAACUGGUAUAGAGAUAAAUGUUUGAAGUGUAAUUGUAGUUUGCCAGUGUGCGUCAGAAUGGCUGGUUGUCUGUGGCUUUGGUCUUUGAGAGUUGAUUCGAAAAUUGCUACAUUAUUGCUUAUAUUUGCUAUAUUCCAUUUACAAUAACAUUAGAAAUUUAAAUAAUCCAUUUUUACUGUCCGUUCAACCGAUUUUGACUUCUAUUGCGUUAGUAGUAUGAUUAAUGGCGGCUGCAGUAAAUACUUGGUGUUGUAACCACUAUUUUGCUUUCAAUUCCGUUCUUUUGUCUACGGAAUAGAAGUCAAAAUCGGUUGAACAAACAGUAAAAAAGGUUUACUUAAAUUUCUAAUGUUAUUUUAAAUGGAGUAUACAUAUAAUAAAUAAUUGCUACAUAGGAUAUAUAUUUAGAAAUGAAAUAUUUUUUUCGACCAGCUACCACUACUACCAGCUACACUACCACUUCAAACAUAUGUUAAAUAAAGGAUGUAGCAAUUAUUUAAAUUAUCCCAAAGAAAAGUAGCUGAUAAAAUAUACAUGCCUUAUUUAACAUAUGUUUGAAGUGGCAGUGUAGCUGGUAGUAGUGGUAGCUGGUCGAAAAAAAUAUUUCAUUUCUAAAUAUAUAUCCUAUGUAGCAAUUAUUUAUUAUAUGUAGCAAGUAUAAGCAAUAAUGUAGCAAUUUUCGAAUCAACUCUCAAAGACCAACGCUACAGACAACCAGCCAUUCUGACGCACACGUUUGCCAACAUAUGCCAACAUACUAAAUCCAAACAGCAAAAAGUUUACAUAACAUUCAAAAUGAAAAAUUCUUAUGGCCUUACUACAAAAACUUUAACACCUGUUUUACACUUGUCUAAAAAAUUUGUGGUUGCAAAAUGAACCAUAUGUAAACGUCAUAAUUUGACAUUUUUUUAGACAAGUCUUAAACUGACGUUUAAAAGUUUUUGUGGUAAGACGGUUUAUGUUCAAAAAAUGAUCUAAAUAGUAUUUUCGAUGCUUUCCCGUGGAUUUUAGCUGUUUUUUUUUGCGUAGUAGAAAUGUUUUUAACAUAUUAUGUUUUCAAUAAAAUAAUUUUGGGUACUAAUUAAACUGAGUUCUUUUUAAUAGCUUUUUUGCCUCUGAAAAUGUAAGUUGCCUUCUAAAUUACUAAGUUAGCCAUAAUCAACGCGCCUCUGAAUAAUAUUAUAAAAUAUUAGCCAAUAGUAAUCUUCAAUGUAAGCCACUUCAAAUAUAUAACUUAGCAUGGUGAUAAAUUUCAGACAUAGGUACAGUAUUAUUUAUGCAUGAUAAGUUAUAAUACUUAUAAUGUAUUUAAUACAUAGUACAGUUAAUACAUUUAAUACAUAGUAUUGUAAUGUAUUAAAUACAUUAUAAGUAUUAUAACUUAGCAUUUAUGAUGUGGUCUACUGAAGCAGACAAUAAUGUACUUUCAACUUGUGAGAAUAAUAAAAGUUAUUUUAUGUUUUUGUAUUUGGCCCAGGCCUGCAAAAUUAAGGAUAUUAUUAGGAUUAAUUGAAUACCUAGCUACGACUUAUGUAUUGAAUUAGACAAUUCAUUGUAAACUUAUUGUUAUCUAUAUUCGAAAAUAAACAUAAGUGUGUAAGUAA